GGAUUGGCUGCCUAGGGUGAGACGUGGGAGGAUCUGCAAGUGAUGAUAAAAAGCCAGCCUUCAGCCGGAGAACUGUUUACUCGCCGCUGUGCCCAUCUAUCAGCAGGCUCCGGGCUGAAGAUCGCUUCUCUUCUCUCCUCCAAGGUCUAGUGACGGAGCCCGCGCGCGGCGCCACCAUGCGGCAGAAGGCGGUAUCGCUUUUCUUGUGCUACCUGCUGCUCUUCACAUGCAGCGGGGUGGAGGCAGGUGAGAAUGCGGGUAAGGAUGCAGGCAAGAAAAAGUGCUCGGAGAGCUCGGACAGCGGCUCCGGGUUCUGGAAGGCCCUGACCUUCAUGGCCGUCGGAGGAGGACUCGCAGUCGCCGGGCUGCCCGUGCUGGGCUUCACUGGCGCCGGCAUCGCGGCCAACUCAGUGGCUGCCUCGCUGAUGAGCUGGUCUGCGAUCGUGAAUGGGGGCGGCGUGCCCGCAGGGGGGCUAGUGGCCACGCUGCAGAGCCUCGGGGCUGGCGGCAGCAGCGUCGUCAUGGGUAAUAUUGGUGCCCUGCUGGGCUAUGCCACCCACAAGUAUCUCGAUAGUGAGGAGGAUGAGGAGUAGCCAGCAGCUCCCAGAACCUUGUCUUCCUUCUUGGCCUAACUCUUCCAGUUAGGAUCUAGAACUCGGCCUUUUUUUUUUUUUUUUUUUUUUUUUGAGAUGGGUUCUCACUAUGUUGUCCAGGCUAGAGUGCAGUGGCUAGUCACAGAUGCAAACAUAGUGCACUGCAGCCUCCAACUCCUAGCCUCAAGUGAUCCUCCGGUCUCAGCCUCCCAAGUAGGAUUACAAGAAUGCACCGACCACACCCAGAAUCCAGAACUUUGUCUGUCACUCUCCCCAACAACCUAGAUAUGAAAACAGAAUAAACUUCACCCAGAAAA